ACAACACCGACCCGAAGGCACCUCUGCAGGGAGAGCCUGGAGAUUGCCUUUCCUGUCGGAGACUCCAAACCAAACAAAUAGAAAAAAAAGAAAAACUAUCCAAGAUGACUGUCACUUACUCCAGUAAAGUAGCAAAUGCGACUUUUUUUGGAUUUCAUAGGUUACUCCUCAAGUGGAGAGGCAGCAUCUACAAACUACUAUACAGGGAAUUUAUUGUUUUUGCUGUACUUUACACAGCAAUAAGUUUUAUGUACAGAUUGUUACUUACAGGAGCCCAAAAACGUUACUUUGAAAAAUUAUCAAUUUACUGUGACAGAUAUGCUGAACAAAUUCCAGUAACCUUUGUGCUUGGGUUUUAUGUUACUCUGGUGGUGAACCGAUGGUGGAACCAGUUUGUGAAUCUGCCCUGGCCAGACAGGCUGAUGUUUCUCAUCUCCAGCAGUGUUCAUGGAAGUGACGAGCAUGGACGCCUGCUCAGGAGGACACUGAUGCGCUAUGUCAACCUCACAUCCCUGCUCAUCUUCCGCUCGGUGAGCACGGCUGUGUACAAAAGGUUUCCGACGAUGGACCAUGUGGUUGAAGCAGGUUUUAUGACAGCAGAUGAAAGAAAAUUAUUUGAACACCUCAGAUCUCCUCAUCUGAAAUACUGGGUUCCAUUCAUCUGGUUUGGAAAUCUUGCAGCUAAAGCCCGGAAGGAAGGCAGAAUCAGAGACAGUGUUGAUCUGCAAUCAUUGAUGACUGAGAUGAACCGAUUUCGCUCCUGGUGCAGCCUCUUAUUUGGUUAUGACUGGGUUGGGAUUCCGCUGGUUUACACCCAGGUUGUCACGCUAGCUGUCUACACCUUCUUCUUUGCGUGCCUGAUUGGACGCCAGUUUUUGGAUCCCACCAAAGGCUACUCAGGGCAUGACUUAGAUCUUUACAUUCCGAUCUUUACUCUCCUACAAUUCUUCUUCUACGCAGGAUGGCUCAAGGUAGCUGAGCAACUUAUCAACCCUUUUGGAGAAGACGAUGAUGAUUUUGAAACUAACUGGUGCAUUGACAGAAAUCUGCAGGUGUCCCUUUUAGCCGUGGAUGAAAUGCACAUGAGCUUACCCAAAAUGAAGAAGGACAUUUACUGGGACGAUUCUGCUGCUCGACCACCGUAUACACUGGCAGCUGCUGACUACUGCAUACCCUCAUUUCUCGGGUCAACAGUCGAAAUGGGACUGUCGGGGUCCGACCUGCCUGGCGAGGACUGGCUAUGGGAUUAUGAGAAGCAUGGCCAUCGCCGCUCCAUGAUUGGAAGAGUCAAGAGGUUCCUGAGCACCCACGAACGCACCUCCAGCCCCAGGAGGAGAAGCUACGGGAGACAGGCCAGCGACAGCUCCACGUUCUUACCCCCGGGGGACCUCAGCCCAGCCAGGGACCUGCUGCAUGUGCCCUCGAGAAGUCCCCACCGUGCCUCAGCCACCUGGAAGCACCCCUGCGCCCCAGAGGGGAGCCCCAAGCUGUACGCCAGCCUGGGAGAGCUGCCCACCCUCCGACAGGCCAGCCUGACUCCACCGUCCAGCGUGAGGGGCUACCCCACCAAAACGCCGCGGGUCCCUGAGGUACUGGUCACAGUAGCCGAAGCGGCAGUGCCCAGGGCAGAGGACGACCACCACGACUCCACUGCCUCUAUCCAGAGCUCUGACUUCACUGGGGUUCAGCCGAGCAGGACUGGGCAGCAGGAGGACCCUGUGGGGUCAGUCCCGUUCCCCUCAGAGAAAGGGGCACCUUCUAGGGACCCCAGUUCCCAGACUGUUCCAGCCAAAGCUGAGAGAAACCUCCUCCAGUUUGCCUCUGAGGAGGACCCUCAUGAGAGUGACAAGUCCCCAAAAAGGUGGAGCCUCCCGAGGUUCGUGGAGUCCAGCCGCACCUCCCUGGCAGGCCUAUGUCCGGAUCCCGUGAGCCCUGAGCCAGUUCCUUUACUUGACACAGAAACAUCCUCAGAGACCGGUGGAAUCAACAUUGCGGCUGGUUCUCGAGUCUCUCCUGAUGUGCUCUAUUUAAUGGAAAACCUGGACACCAAGGAAACGGAUAUCAUAGAGUUUAACCACGAGCAAAGGGAGGAGUCACCCAAAGGAAGGCCAGAAAGUUCUAGGACCUGGCUCUAGCCUAGAUUCUUACUUUCCCAAAAGUUCAAGUAUUAGUUCCAGAACAUACCUGGGGGCUGGUCAAUUUAUUUUUUAAAUGAUCAUACUGUAUAAGCUACUUAAAACUUUGAAGGGCAUUACGAUCCUGACUUUUUGAGACCUGAGAAAAUCAAACACAUUCACGCCACCCACUACAAAGUGACUUUCAUGGAAGUUACGCAGACCACAGUGACGUAUCUUAACCAAAUAAGGAAUCUUAAAUACAGAAAUAUAUAUGCCUUAUAAAUUCAUAGACUGAUAGCUUUGCAAAGGGCUUUACAGAUCAUGGUCCAAUCCCCUAGUUUUGCCAAUAGAGAAACAAAGGAUUCUCUCUUCCCUUUUUUUUUUUUUUCCCUUUCAUCUUUUCUUCCGUUAUAAAGACAGGCAGGUGGCUCAUACGAUGCCUCAAAAGCCCCCCUAAUGCUGAUUUCUUGUUUGAGGCUUUCAAACCAUCUCACUCCACUUUCUAUAACCCUUAUCGUUCCCUAAUUCUUAAGCCUCAUCAGCAUCAGAAAGCUCCACCUCCCUUCAAUUUCCUUUUCGACCUCCGGGACUUCAUUUUUCUCUCUUUCCCCUUUAUUCCCUCAUCCUAUUGUUCUUCUAGUCCCCCUAGUCUUGCUGCUUCUCCAGUGAUUCUCAUCCGUCCCACCUUUCAGGCCGUAACAUUUUCUCCUGCCAACUCUGUUGCUUACUUCUUGCCACAGUUUCAAAAGCACUAGGCAUUGGCAAAGCCUCCUACAGAGCGAUCAAAGUGUCAGUAAAUCCAGCCUGGCUCCUCCCAGCCUCGCGGGAAGGGGCAUGGGAGCUGCUGCGUCCCCCGUGCCCUCUCAGCCGUGGCCGUCUCUCUCUGCGUCCGCUCUUAGGUCUUGAACACCGGAGAAGCCACAAGGGCAUGAGACCUGCAUAACCAAAUGCUAUGGAACCAAAUAACAAGGUUUCAAACUGUUUCACUCAGACUCUUAAAGAAAAAUCCCCAUCGUGUCAUGACAUGGGACCAGUUACUGUGUCUGCCAGGUUGUCUGGGAUGAAGUAGGGUAUUGGAGCUGGGAGGUUAAGGGGGUCCAGGACUGUAUGAUGGGGAUGGGACAUUGACUAACUUCCUCCAAGGAGUUCUUGGGUGGCUGUUUGUUGGGAGCACCCAACUUUAACUGGAAGGCCAUGCUAAUGAGUGCUGCUCUCACUAUUUCUGUCAAAUGAUGAAGCUUGACUACAAACUCAAAAACAAAAUAGCCCUGGGCUUCCCUGGUGGUGCAGUGGCUAGGAGUCCGCCUGCCAAUGCAGGGGACACGGGUUCGAGCCCUGGUCUGGGAAGAUCCCACAUGCCACGGAACAACUAGGUCCGUGCGCUACAACUACUGAGCCUGCGCUCUAGAGCCAGCGCUCCACAACAAGAGAAGCCGCCGCAAUGAGAAGCCAGUGCACCGGAGCAAAGAGUAGCCCCCGCUCACCGCAGCUAGAGAAAAGCCCGGGUGCAGCAACAAAGACCCAGUGCAGCCAAAAAUAAAAUAAAUUAAAAAAAAAAACCAUUCACUUUAUUAAAAAAAAAAAAUAGCCCUAAUUGCUACCACUUAUUGAGUGUUCCCACUAAUCCUCACAGGAAUCCUAUGAAUUGAUAUACUAUUAUCUCUAUUUUACUUUAUUAUUUUUUUAAAGGAGUCUUUUCAUUUCUCAAUGUUAGUUGUUAUUCUUUUAUCCAAAUAAUAUACCUUAGCAGACCAAUGCUUUCUUUAUUAUUAUUAUUAUUUUUUUGGCCGCGCGGCAGGUGGGAUCUUAGUUCCCAGACCAGGAUCGAACCCACACCCCCUGCAGUGGAAGCACAGAGUCUUAACCACUGGACCACCGGGGAAGUCCCCACCUCCAUUUUAAAGAUGAAGAAAACAGAGGCUUUAGAGAAGUCAUUUGACUAAAAUCACAUAGCUAGGAAGUGGCAGGGCUUGGGUUCAAGCCCAGGUUUAUCUGACUCAAGAGCCCACACUCUUGUCCAGUGCACUUCAACACUGUGCUGUGCUCUCUGUAGGGCCCUGAAUCUACCAGCAAUUUGCCCAGAAUUCCAGAGGAUGCCCCAUGGGAGCCAGGCCUAGCCUUGGAGGCCUUUCUGGGUCCUCCCUGCUUAAGUCCACCUGGACCUUAUAUGCAUGUGUACAGGAGGGCAGUGCUCCAACUUGAAGCCUAGCCAUGGUCCUCUUCAUUUUUCUGACAGAUGAAAGUUAGCAGGACCCUCUCCUUCCUUCCCCAGCUCCUCUCAUUAUGCAAUGUUAUAAUGUGCUAUAACAUUAGCACAUUUUUACAAGACAUUGCAUCCAACUGGGCCAUCCCAUCUACAUGACAGCAAUGACAUUUUCUUGAACUAAUUUUUCUCAAAGGACUAAAAUGGAAGAAAUGCUCUACGUUGAUGGUUCUCUAUGUUGAUCAAUAGUGUUAGCACCUGGGAAAGGCACCCAUGUUCCUGAAGCAUUAUAUAUGGACUAUGCAAUCAGGCCCCAAUGCAACGCUGCUAAAACGCAGGAACUCUAACCUUCUCCCAGACUCCUAGCGCUAUUUUCUUGGAUGUUUCAACUUAAAUCUUCUCUUCUCUUUGGCUUUAUCUAUUGCUCAAAUUCAAAUAAGUUUCUACUUAGCUGCUUUUGAAAUAUAAUCAAUUUGUGUUCCUAAAUCCAAAGUGAUAUAUUAUACACAAACAGAAUCAUACAUUUUGUGGAAGGCCAGGAGAGUUCAUUUAUCUCUGCUUCCCUCCAUCCCUUAUGCACCUUUGUCCAAAGAAUUAUUUAAUUUCCUCAAUAUUUCAUCAAAAUUUGAGGUGGCCUCUAUUUCCUCCUUGGACUGAAAACUGAAUAAUGGCUCAUUCAAUGAGCCCAGGUGGUUGAAUUCAGCUAUAAAUUCAAGCCAGCAGUUGCCCAGAUCAGAUGAAGAAAUUCUCUCUUCACUCUUAAAUGAGUUUUUACCCAACACAGACUGAAGGUUGCAAAAACAAAAUGAUUUCUUCUCCUGUGCCUGAUUGUAUUGCCUGCCUAGCCCAUCUUCUCCUGAGCUCUGGAAACUUCGACCCGCUGGAUGAAUGGUCACAACGUCCAGGGGCUUAGUCGUUUGGGCUUAUCCAUUCCAAGAACAGGCUCAGCUCUGCUCUGCAUUAAAAGUAAUCCACAAGCCAGAGGUGCAAUGAGGCCAAGCCCUACUUACUGCAUUCUCCCUCUGUUCUCCAGAGGUGAUGACUCUGCCCUGAUGCCAGGAUCCACAGGUCAGUAAAGAUAAAAGCCCAGGAGCUUUUUCUCUGUCAUCCAAGAAUUUAGGGAUGACUGCCCCCCCAGAACAAAGAAGACUACUCUCUCCCCUCUUUAAUGGUACCGUCUAUUUCUUGGGGCAUUGCCUCCACAGCUCCAGGCAUCCACUGCAGCCCAGUUCAGCUAAGCUUUGGAAAAUGUAUUUUCAAUAGAAUGGAGAAAUAUAUAAUUUACCAUUAGUUUAAAGACUCACUUAACUAUACACCCCUCUUAUUUAGUGUUUCCCCUCUAGCUUCCUCCUUCUCCAGAGAAAUUGAUUCAAUCCUCAAUCAUUGUUCUGAGACCUUCUUAUCAUAAAGUCUGCUGAGCCCAGGCAGCCAUGUAGUGUGAUGGAAUGAGGAUGAGAAACCUCGUGUUUGACUUCCCUCUGAGUGGCUUUGUGAACUUGAACGAGGCCCCCUCCUCUAUCUCUCAUAUUCUCAUCUGUGAAAUGGGCUCUUCUCUGCCCCACCUCACUGGCCACCAUGAGGAGCUGAGGGAGUUUAUGUGAAAAGGCGGGGAGCCCCAGGCAGCACUGUGUGGGUGACUGGCCCGACUGGGAAUUGAUGCCCCCGUGGAUUCACCACGAACUGCAGAAAAAAGGACUUCUCCCGUUCCACUUUAGUCAUUUGCUUAUCGGGAUCCGCUAUUCUCCAGGAUGCUGAGCUCUUUCAUUCAGAAAGCUUGCCAUUUCUCUUUGGGCUUCCUUUUUUGUUUUGUUUCAUAUGCUUCCCAAUGUCUACCACAUCUUCCUUUUCUCCAGCGUUUUUCUCAAACCUUCACUCCCCACAAUAGCCGGCCUCAUCAUCAUGGUGAUAAAUUCUGCUCCUAACCCAUUUUACGUAUCAAGCUCCUCAAUCAAAAUAUGGAACUAGAAAAAGAAUCAAUUGCCUUUGUUCUUUCCACUAUAAUUCUAGAGGAUUUAGCACCUCUGGUUUGCAGUUGGAGGACCCUCUUAGGGCUUCUAAUCUCCCUCAACCUGGUCCUAUAUCAGUUAAGGGGGAAUAAUAACUACAACUGUAAAAAAUUCCUAAGCAGGAGCCAGAGUAGAAUCUAAUUCCUUUUCCUCUUCACAAUCAUCUAUAUGAUCAACAUCAGUCAUUUUCUGAAGUGCUGUGGUAUCAAUAGGAAUAAGCAAGGAUUUCCCUCAUUUUGUCUUAUGGAAUACUCUCAGGUAGAUCCUCAAUCCUUUCACAUGCUUGCUUUCUUUUUUUCAUAAAUUUAUUUAUUUAUUUAUUUUUGGCUGUGUGUGUCUUCGUUGCUGCACGUGGGCUUUCUCUAGCUGCUGCGAGCGGGGGCUACUCUUCGUUGCAGUGUGUGGGCUUCUCACUGCGGUUGCUUCUCUUGUUGUGGAGCACAGGCUCUAGGCGCCCGGGCUUCAGUAGUUGUGGCACGCGGGCUCAGUAGUUGUGGCUUGUGGGCUCAGUAGUUGUGGCUCACAGGCUCUAGAGCACAGGCUCGGUAGUUGUGGUGCACGGGCUUAGUUGCUC